AGCGCCUUGCUCGUCAGCAUCCCAGACAGCCUUUGUGCUCCUUUGCUCAUGGGGCAGACCCAGCCACACCUGGAAAUAGCCCAUGACCUUUUUAGGGAAGCCGAAGUGGCAUCGUUGACACUUCGCCAUGCUCGCCGGCAGAGAACAGACAUGGAUGAAGUGGCGGAGCGCGUGGCGAGCGUGAUCCAGCACAUGGCGCUUCAGCAUGCGGCUGUAGCAGUGGCAGCUGAUUUGGUUGCCACGGCGCGCGACAAGCUGCUCAUCUUAUGUACAACCUGCGGGCAGCAGUGCCAAAAUCGGGCUGAGACAUAUGUCCACACGCUGGAGACUGGGCACGCAGAGUUCAAGCAGACGCAGCAGGUUGGCUAUUUUGACCGAACCCCACUCCGCAGGACCUGCAAGGCAUGCGGCUAUGCCUGCGCCAAUCGCGCGGAGUCCUGGAUUCACACUGAGGAGACUGGGCAUACCGAGUUCUCAGUCGUGAGGGAUGGCUGUGAGGAUCGGACUCCAAACCCUGCGACCUGCACAACCUGCGGGCAUUCCUGUGCAAACCGUGCAGAGUCAUGGGAGCAUACGGAGGAGACUGGGCAUACCGGGUUCUCACUGGAUCGGACUACAAACCCUAUGACCUGCACGACAUGUGGGCAUGUUUGCGCAAGCCGUGCAGAGUCGCGGGAGCAUACGGAGGAGACCGGGCAUUCGAGGUUCGAGCGCAAAGACGGCGAGCGAGAGGGCAGCGAGGAUCGGACUCCAGACCCUAUGAUUUGCAAGACAUGUGGGCAUUCUUGCGCGAACCGUGCAGAGUCCUGGGAGCACACAGAAGCCACUGGGCACCGGACAUUCUGCGGCAUCGGUGGGAUCAGUGCUUUGAUGGAGAGCCUUGGGUCGCUUCAACAGCUCCAUCUUCAGAAGCUUCAGCUUCAUCAGGCACUGCAUGAUCCGGCGCCUUGCAGAAAUGUCGCCUCUGGGGUGUGACUCGCAAAGCCUCUCCAUGAGCCUUUGGCAUUCGUGGUAAGCUCAGGUUCUGUACCACCAGACUAGCCCGGAGGCUGCCCGUGAGAUCUUGAGGUCGCAAAAGAUGCGGAGAGGCUCCGGUGGACUGGCUGGUGGAGGUAUCUACUUCGCUGACAGCAAGGAAAGGCGCUCGCCCUUUUUGGAAAGCAUUGGCCUUCAUCCAAUGGUGACGCAACAAGCUCUGCAGGAAGCCACCAACAAGAAGGCCCACAAGCGUGGUGUCAUCCUGCAAGCCUCCGCAGCUUGCAACGCAGAUUAGUCAAUCGUGCCAGUCGCUGCCAGUCCUCUUGGUUUGUGCUGGACUACGCCAGUCAUGAGUUUACGUCGGCGCUGGCCAAUACGCUCAAGAGACUUGCAACUAUGCACACACACGCACACACAUGCAAGUCAGUUUGAUGCCACUCUGUAAUUUGGGCACUGCGCUCUUGUGAUAUGCGGUUGAUGCGGCUUCAUUCCGUCAGCCCUGUGACGAGGUCCGGCUUGGCAAAGUGAAGGCGGUUUGUGGCACUGCGUACAACACCACCUUCACGUCCUUGCAGAGCGAAGGGUUCGACUCUGUGAAGGUCUUGGACCGCCCCACUGGCAUAGAAUACGUGGUCUACAGCUGGGACCAAGCCACUCAGCUUGGGCUGCCAACAGAUGAUGUUUCGAUAGGGGCGGAAAACAGAUUGUCAGUGUGA